UGUAACACCACACUAGAGAAGGAGAAGCCGCCGCUCGGAUCUCUCGUCUGUGAAUUUGUUUUUAGCUUCAGUCUCAGUCAUAGUAUUUCUAAUUUCUCCACUGUAAAUGAGUUGCAGAGGGGACAGUGAUGAAGACAGCAGCAGGAAACGGAGGGUCUCGUAUGUUUACAGCCCGGAAUACAUCGAGACUUGCGACACUUUGUCCAAAGUACCAAACCGGGCGAGUAUGGUCCACUCACUGAUAGAAGCCUACGGACUGCUGAAACACAUGAGCGUUGUGAAACCUGAGGCGGCCACCAUAGAGGAAAUGGCCAAAUUCCACACAGACUCGUAUCUGGAGCAUCUUCACAAGAUCAGCCAGGACGGAGAUAACGAUGACCCCCAGUCAGUCGACUACGGCCUGGGUUACGACUGUCCAGUGGUGGAGGGCAUAUUCGACUAUGCAGCAGCAGUAGGGGGCGCUACACUGACAGCGGCUCAGUCUCUGCUGGACCAAAAGAGUGAGGUGGCCAUCAACUGGGCAGGAGGGUGGCACCACGCCAAGAAGGACGAGGCUUCAGGUUUCUGUUACGUGAAUGAUGCUGUGUUGGGGAUCCUCCGGCUAAGAGAGAAAUACGAGAGAGUCCUCUAUGUGGACGUUGACCUACAUCAUGGAGAUGGUGUGGAAGACGCCUUCAGCUUCACAUCCAAAGUCAUGACCGUCUCGCUGCACAAGUUCUCUCCUGGAUUCUUCCCAGGUACAGGAGACCUGUGUGAUACAGGGCUGGGUAAAGGCCGCUGGUACGCCGUAAACGUUCCGCUGGAGGACGGCAUCAAGGAUGACCGAUACUACCAGGUUUUUACCAGUGUGAUGCAGGAGGUGCGGGCACAGUUCAAUCCGGAGGCGAUGGUGAUGCAGCUGGGCGCCGACACCAUGGCCGGCGACCCCAUGUGCUCCUUCAACAUGACCCCUGUGGGGGUGGGCAAGUGUCUGCAGUACGUCCUGCAGUGGCAGCUACCUACACUGCUGCUGGGAGGAGGAGGUUAUAACCUGGCGAACACAGCUCGAUGUUGGACCUACCUGACGGCAGCAGUGCUGGGAAAGACUCUGUCUUCUGAAAUACCCGACCACGAGUUUUUCACAGAAUACGGACCAGACUACUCGCUUGAGAUCAGCCCGAGCUGUAGACCAGACCGCAACGACGCCAAACACCUGGACCAGGUCAUCAGCACCAUCAAAGGGAAUUUAAAGAAUGUGGUUUAGGAGUCGGCAGCCUCAGCCUCCUCCACACACACUCUCACACACACCCACACGCCAUGUUUCCAAACCAGGUCGACACUCGGCGGCUUUAAUGAAGACAAUAUGGAGUGGACCCCUUCGGCCCCGAGACACGGAGCGAACCAGGGAGGGAGGUUUUGGAAAACAUUAGCCGAGUGUUUCCAGGGGAAAACAGUUUAAUAAGGGGAGGGGAGGGGGGGCGAUGUGGUUGCUGAACAAUGUUCGCUGUUUUUAAUUCUUCGUUUUCCUGGGAAGAUGUGUGUCUUUGCGUGAAUGUGAGAGUUUAUAGUAUGUGCAGUGCGGCUACGUAAAGCUGAACGGCAGCCGAGUGUUUGGUAUCGAGGGAUGCAUCGGUCAGCUGUAUUAGACUAAACGGAAAAACAGAUUGUUCAGGGGUCCAGUUUCAGGGUCCUGCUGUGAUGAGCACUAAAACAGACAAACAGCCGUGUUCCCCAGACCUCGACCCUGAAAAGCAUGUCCAGAGAAACUUGGAAUGCUCACAAACAAGACAGUCUGGAAAAGUUUGGAAACUAGCCGGUUACACAUUUUAGCCACAUUCUAGUCUCCAGCCCUGAGCAAAAUAAAACAUCUGGACAACAUUUUGGAAUUUUAAAUGAAAAAUAUCCAGGGAAACUUCUUUGGACGGACAAUAACAAAGAUUGCAUGAUAUUUAGGGAGGAUUUAGAAAGAAACAGCAGCUUUAAACGGCUUGGCACCAACUGGACAAGGAGGUUCAGAAACCGGUUUCCUCAGGAGGACUGGAAAUGUUUGAAAGUCGUCUGCAGCUGUAGCGUUGUUCAAUCCAGAUUUGGUCAUAUCCAGAUUAGACUGUUUACCACUGCAGACACUUGCUGACCCGAAUCUUUUUGUAUGUUCCGACCGCAUGAUCUGCUUCUCUAGAACCAGUUUCAAGGACUUUUGGGGGAGAAAAGAAUCUGAAUCAGUCUUCUCAAACAUUACUAUCAGCGUUAUUAGAAUAGAAGCAGAUUAAGGGUCUGUUUUGGUAAAUGUUGAAGCCCCAAGUUCCUGCAGUGGAAACCAACAUGUAAAAGUAAAGAAUCCACACUGAUUUUAUAAAGUCCAGACAACAAAAGAAAAACAAAUCGCAUUUUAAGGUGUUCUGAAAUCUGAUUCCAAUCAGAUGGACACAUGUUGAUGUCAAACCCUGAGAACAGCAGUUUGUGUACAGAUGUUGUAGUAAAUUUCCAGUUGGCACGUUGGGGGCAAAGCUGGAAGGAACCUACAGCACCACCAGCAUAACUAUGUAGUUACCGACACCGACAUCUUUUACACAGCAGCCCAUACAGAUAGGAUGGUGAUGUUUGUAGAUGUGAGUCUGUCCUAAAAAUCUUAAAUGAGAAUCUCAGUGUUGCCAUCAGCUGUGGUUCCACAGCAUAUUGAAUGUGCAUUUUAAAGUAUCGCAUCAGUAAAGUUAAUGGAAAUGACAAAAUCUGAAUAAAGUUUCUUAAUUUUGCCCCCCAAAAAGUUUUUUUGUCUUUUUGAGUGAGAGUUAUUGAGCUUUAUAGGAGUUGGAAACAACUUUUUCACCAGUUUCGACAUCGACAUUCUUUUAAUGUCUUCAAUUCCCAACAGCAUAAAAUAUGGUCGUGACUAGCAAACAUGAAAGAGUAAUUACAAUUUUCCCCACUGAAAACAAUUAUUUUUAGCCAUUUUUCUCACCAUUCUUCUUUGUAUCUUUGUCUUUUUUUUUUUUGCAGUUGAUUGACUUCAAUUCCAACUCUAAGUAUAAGAUAGCCUGUAAAGUUUACCUUCUGAUGGCACUAUGAGUUUAAUUGUUACAAAUAAGUUGAUGGAAGUGAGCCAAAUUUAUAUGCUGUAUUUUUUUGUUUGUUCAUUGCUGCAUUUCAAAAGUUUGCAUACAUUUUUCUGUAAAAUAACACGGAAACACGACUAAUUUGUCAAAUUUUUGCAGCAUCAUGGCUCAUUUCAAUCACUAGAAUCUGUUGUGUAGCAAAAACUAUUCUUUAAUUAGAUCCUUAAGUCUAAUUAUUACCAUUAUUUGACUUUAUAUAUGCGUCUAAGCAUUGUUUUUGUUUCUGUAUUGUUCCUUUUUUAUUUUUUAUUUACAACUUUAAAUAAUUGCCUUCUUUUGUUAAAUACCACAACUGGUUUUGUAUUGGCAGACAAUAUGUGCAGCUCGUCUUUACACUGUUUCACUCUAAACAUUGGCUGAAACUUGGACAACAUGAGAGGAAACAGAAAACUUGAAACAAACAAACCUGGUCUUAACUGUAUUUUCUUGUAUAAAGCAGCUGUAUAAUGAUCACAAACAUCCAGCAGAGACUGUAAAUAUAUCUAGAAGUAAAGUUGCAUUCUUUCAGGGCUUUGAAAUCCCUUAACACCUCUAAAAAUAGAAGCAUUUGAUUACUAUUUCCAUGUGUGUAAAAGUCUGGUUGAAUCAGCUGUAGUGUUAGUGAUGUGGCAGAGCUUUAACAGCUGCACAUCAAACUGAACGUCGACCAAAAUCUUCAAAUCCUCCUUAAUGAAGCCGAGGUGGGAAUCUGACUUUGGAAAAACAAGCGACAUUUAUUAAGAAAUUAGACCUCAAGAAGUUUAUUUACUUUUCGAGGUGGUUAAAUUCAUCCUUUUAGACUUGAGUCCAAGUGAAAGGAUUCAGAAAUUACUGUAGAAAGCUUAUUUGCGACCACAGAAACAGUAUUUUUACAAAUAAAUCCCACUUUAAGGUCUCCUGAUUAGUUUUUAUAGGUGCUCUUAACUGCAUCUUGUGUUGGUUUUCUGUUGCAGGAUGUAAUAAAAAGUUCCUGAAAAGCUGAUAAAGUGGCUGUUGAGGUAAGAGUUUGUGUCAAACUACUAUAAUCAUGGUAAAUUUCACCCCUAAAAUCCACUAUUAGAAACUUUUAAAGAUUUAUAUGACAAUAGUUUGGAUUUUCCUGGAACUUCCUGCCUUACUUGCCGACAUCAUUAACAAGCUGUCAUCUGAGAAACAGACAGUUUUAAAGGUUUAAUUCUCACCAAACCGCAACCAUCUGACCAAGAUCCUCACAUUCACUGCUAGCAAACAUGAAAAGAAGUCACAGAAAGCUUAUUGGGGGAAGUUCAUCUGUCAAUAUGUUUGAAUGUUUUACCUUUUUUGUGUGUUUAUGCAUUUUCUAACUGUCGGUUUGUUGAAAUAAAAGACAGGAGAGCG